UUCUUACUCUAAUCCACAAUGGGGAAAAGAGUCUAUGGAUUAGGAGGAAAAAUCUGUUUGUUGCUAGUACUAGCUUCUGCUAUUUUAAGUUUUGGAUUAGAUGAAGUGAGUAUAUCUAGAGAAAAUGAUUUGGAAAUCGAAAGAAAAUUAGAGAUGUUGAAUAAACCGGCAGUAAAGAGCAUUCAGAGUGAAGAUGGUGAUGUCAUCGACUGUGUUGAUAUCUACAAACAACCUUCUUUGGAUCAUCCUGCUCUCAAAAAUCAUAAGAUUCAGAUCAAACCAACUAUCACUCAUCCCAAAACCGCAUCGAAGAAUAAUGCAUCCAGACCGGUAUCACAAAUUUGGCAGAAAAGUGGAAGUUGCCCAGAAGGGACAAUCCCUAUACGAAGGAUCCAAAAGCAGGACUUGCUCAGAGCUGGUUCUCUUGAUAGAUAUGGAAGGAAAAGUCCAUAUGUUUUCAAUAAUCCUAACAACACACUAUAUGAUAUAACUCCUAAUAACACACAUAACUUCCAUAAUCUUAAUCAAGCGGGAGCGUCAAAUAAUGUUUUUGUCAACCGUUCGAUAGCAGUUUUACUCACUCUUGGGUAUCAUUACAUUGGAGCUAGGGGAGAUAUAAAUGUUUGGAAUCCACAAGUUGAAAAGCCAGAUGAAUACACUACCGCUCAAAUAUGGGUUGUAAAUGGUGACCACUUUGCGGAAACUGCAGAAGCUGGAUGGAUGGUAAAUCCUACUGUUUACGGCGAUACAGCAACACGGUUUUUUGUAUAUUGGACUGCCGAUGCAUCUCAGAAAACAGGUUGCUUUGACCUAAUGUGCCAAGGCUUUGUGCAAACUAACAGUGAGAUUGUCCUUGGUGGUAAACUGGAUCCAUAUUCAAGUUUUGAAGGAGACCAAUAUCAAUUACCUCUUUUCAUGUACUGGGACAAGAACACGCAAAACUGGUGGUUAGAGAUAAACGGCAAACAAGUAGGAUAUUGGCCAUCUGAAUUAUAUGGAGUCUUAAAACUAAGUGCAGUAGCGGUUCAGUGGGGAGGAGAAGUCUACUCUAAAACUAUAAUGCACAGAAAUGUGAAUCACACAUCAACAAAAAUGGGUAAUGGAAUUGAAGCAUUGUAUCAUUUUUCAGCAUGGAUCAAGAAUACCAAGAUUAUUGAUUAUUCUGCAGUCGAAAAGUAUCCUGAAUGGGUUCAUGAAUACAUGGAUGAACCUGAUUGUUACAGUUCUUUUAACUGGGUUGAGUACGUCAAGGAACCUCUUCUUUUUUUUGGGCCGGGGUAGAAGCGCUAAAUGUCCAUGAUGUGAGACAAUUUUGUUUCUACUUAGUAGUAUUAUGUUUUUGGCAUUCUAUUGGAUUGCUGCGAUUCAGCAUUAGAUCGUAUCAAUAAAAAGUACUGUUUUUGGUUUGGCGC